UAGGAAUGGGGAAUCGAUUGUAUUUGGUGCAACUCUUACUUUGUUAAUCCCCUUCCCUAGUGGUUUCCGGCCGGGGAGGCGUCGGUCCAGGAGGGGCGCUCCACCUGAAGACUCAUAAAACCCCCGGAUCCAGCUGUCCAUGUUGGGGCCGUCUUAUAAGCAGGGAACUCUUUUAAUGUCUUGCGGUUAGAAAGGUUUGAAACAUAAAGAAGAUCCGCGUCACCAUGUAUUUCGGAGGUUUGGGCGAACUCUUAUGUUGAAAGGCCAGAUCGGAAGUAGGGAACGGUUAGUAUAUCUGACAUGCAGUCUUCUCAAAACGGAUCCGCUGUAUUAUAUUUACACACUAAAUAAUGAUCCUAUGUAACGCACCGGCUUGAAGCGAACCCGUCCGAGGUCUGGCUCGGCAGAAGACUGCAGAACGGCUGCUGUGAUGCACGCCUGGCCGACACUGCAUUACAUGUUAGUAACUACACACACGCACUCUCUCCUGGAGAUGUGCUGCUCCGAGUCUCGGUGGACCGAGAUGGCCUACGGACUCUGUUUUAAGGAAGAGAUGUCAUACAAUAUGCUGUGAUUUUAAGAUUGUCUCCAGCUUUGCCCUGGGUCUCAAGAGAGGAGUCUUCCCCACUCAUGGGGACCUGGAGCUGAUAGAGUACAGGGGGUUCCCUCUCGUCCCUCUCCUCUUCCCUCUCCUCCUCCCCCCACUCCCCCUCCCUCCCCUCCUCACUCUCGUCGACCCAUGACCAGAAGGGGUCUGUGACCUGGGGGCCGCCAUGCGUGUGACCUUCUGCCAGGGGCUGCUGUCCGGGGCCAUCGUCCUGAACCUCCUCAUCCUGUACUUUGUGUCCCGGGCCCAGCAGCAGAUGAUGGAGAAGCGGAAGGACUUCGGCCGGGGCUCCAGGAGGGCGGGUCUGCAGGCCUCCAACCUGGCGGCGGGUCUGGCGGGGCCCGUGGGCGGGCUGGCGGGGGGCGGAGCGGCUGGGCCGGAGGGGAACAGCCGCGGCCCCCGCGUCACCGUGCUCCUCCGGGAGUUUGAGCACUUUGAGAACUACGUGGGGGAGGUGGCGCGCUCCUUCCUCCGCCUGCGGCCGGAGCUGCCCUUCCUGGCCGUGGCGGACACCCUGCCCUACCCGCCCCUGGAGCUCCCCGAGGGCGGCGCCCGGCUGCUGGUGCUGUUCCCCAGCCCUGACCAGCCGCCCCAGGCCCACCGGCCCGAGUUCCACGUGCAGACGGAGUUCGUGCUGCUGGUGCCCGACGGCGUGGAGCUGGAGCAGGGCAGGGCCGUGGAGCGGCUGAUCCGGGAGCUGGAGGGGGAGGGUGGCGGGCCGGUGAGGCUGGUGGCCGCCCCGGUGCAGGCCCGCUCCGCCGCCCAGUGCCUCCACCUGCGGGUCAGCCUGCGGGAGUGGACGGCCACCUACACGGCGGCGGCGGCGGGCAGCAGCGGCAGCGUGUGCACGGCGCUGCAGGGCGACGCGGUGGUGCUGCUGCGCUCGGAGGACCUCUUCAACCUGUCGGUGCCGCUCGGCCGCCCGCUCUUCCCCUCGCUCUUCGUCCAGACCUCGCUGCGGGGGUGGAAGGUCAAGCUGCUGGAGAGCCCGCUGUUCUCGGCCCGUCGGCGGCCGCUCUUCAGCUCCGCCCACAACCAGUGGAAGGCGGACUCGGGGCUGCGGGAGGCGGCCGGUCGGCUGAUGAGGGGCUUCGGCCUCAAGCGGCUGCUGCUGCCCGACGGGAAGGAGCAGUGGCACGGCUGCGGCAAGGAGACGGCGCGCUGCUUCGGCACGGUGCGCGACGACACGCCCGACUACCUCUACACGGACCGCUGGACGCCGCCCUGCUGCCUGCGCGCGCUCCGAGAGACCGCCAAGUACGUGGUGAACAUCCUGGAGGGCUCGGGCGUGCGCUACUGGCUGGAGGGCGGCAGCCUGCUGGGAGCAGCGCGCCACCAGGACAUCAUCCCCUGGGACUACGACGUGGACCUGGGCGUGUACCUGGAGGACGUGCCCAACUGCGACCAGCUCAAGAACCUGGACUCGGGUUCGCUGGUGGACGCCAACGGCUACGUGUGGGAGCGCGCCGUGGAGGGGGACUUCUACCGGGUGCAGUACAGCGAGGCCAACCACCUCCACGUCGACCUCUGGCCCUUCUACCCGCGCAACGGCGUGAUGACCAAGGACACCUGGACCGAGCACAAGCAGGACGUGGAGUUCCCCGAGCACUUCCUGCAGCCGCUGGUGCCCAUGCCCUUCGCCGGCAUCACCGCCUACGCCCCCAACAACCCCCGGGCCUUCCUGGAGCUCAAGUUUGGAGAGGGGGUCAUCGAGAACCCCCAGUACCCCAACCCGGCGAGGAAGAGGCUGGACCGCAGCAGGUUAUGAAGAGGGUCUGACCCCCAGUACCCCAACCCGGGGGCAGGAAGGGGCAGGUUAUGAAGAGGGUCUGACCCCCAGUACCCCAACCUGGGGGCAGGAGGGGGCAGGUUAUGAAGAGGGUCUGACCCGCAGUACCCCAACCCGGGGGCAGGAGGGGGCUGGACCGCAGCAGGUUAAGAGCGGGGGGCAAACCCCUGAACCAGGGCGCCUUCUACCGCCCUGCUGCCGUUCGGUUUGUUUGUUGAACAAUGCAGCGACUCCAGCGCACGUUUUUAAGACUCUUAACUCAAUCUAUUUCAUUUUCUACUCUGGUGCCUAAGAGAUGGAUUAUUAAUUAUUAAGAUAGAUGUCUUGCCUGUUGUUUCUUCCCCCGCCAGGCUGGUUUUAGAUCAACACACAGACUGAAUGGACGAGCGUUCAUUACUACACGCUUCACUGCAGCUUUCUUCUAAAGUUCCUGAUUUCUAUGCGUCAUAUUUUAACGGGGCAUUAUACAAUUUAAAAAUGCAUUCUUGCAUUUAUUAAGAUUGUAUUGGGCUGUAUUGGUUUCAUGUGGAUUCAAAUACAGAUGUAUAAAAGCCACAUGUGCUGUACAAUAUAAAGAUUAAUAAGACAAUACCAUGAAUGUGAAUCUCAAUAGAACUUGCAAUGUACAUUAUCUUUAGCAAUAUCUACGGGACGGUACAUACAUUACUCCUUGAAAGUGGACUGAAACAUGUUUAAUAAGCCGUUAGCUUAUUAAACAUUAAACACACAUUAACAUUUGCACAAUUAUUUAUGAAUGUAACUUAUCGUAUUUUGAUGCCAUUUAUUUCAUGGAGUCUCAUGUUAUCGUGUUAGUCCAUCCAGUAAACAGUGUUGACCAUGUGUGCUUGUGUGUUUAAUACUACUGAGCAUGAAUCCUUCAAAAGACACCAGCACUGAGCAGCAACAUAAGCGUGUUACCCGUGUGUGUGUGUGUGUGUUAUGUUAAGUGAGUACAUACCCUUUUUUGUUGACUGACAAUAAAAGUUUUAACAGUG